AUGCUAAACUUAGAUUCAACUCAAGAAUUGACCUACGAAUAAUAACAUGAAUUAUACAAUUAGCAAAUUGCUGAUAAUAAAUAGAUGUCAAGUGCAUUGGCUUAUUUGCUAAUGGAUUUGUGUGAGGAAGGUGACAAUGAUGCUAAUAACAUUUAAGAACUUGAAUCUUUUAAUAGUCCUAAAGUUCCAUCAAUUUCUAUUUAUGAUUACAUCUGCAGAAUCUUAAAGCAAGCUUAAUGUUCUUAAGAGUGCUUAAUCAUGGGUUUAAUAUUCAUGGAUAAAUUAUCUAAGAAGUGGGGAAGAAUUAUUGUCAAAUCCAUUAAUGUCCAUAGAUUGUAUGUGGUAGCAGUCAUGUUAUCAGCCAAAUUUUAUGAUGACCGAUUCUUUCAAAAUUCCUAUUAUGCCAAAGUCGCUGGGAUUACACAUGAAGAAUUCAACCAUUUGGAAAGAGUCUUGGUUUUCUUAUUGGACUUUAAGUUAAUUAUAGAUCCGCUACUCUUCUUUACAUAUCGAUAAAGGAUUAUGACUAAUUACUUUGACAACCAAGAAUGA